AUGCACCCACGAGAUCGCUGGGAACAGGAACAGUUGUAUGAAUUGGAAGGUAUUGCGGCUUUGGAACAGCUAACCUUAAUACAAGAGGAGAUGGAUCAAUCACAACAGAUCCAUGCAUUAGAAGCAUAUGAAAUAGAGAACGAAAAAAGGCGAAAGCAGAGAGCUGAAGAAUCAGAUCAAGCACAAAUACGUGCCAUCGAAAACAAUUCAACAUCACAAUCAUUUGAUUCUAUACUAGGCCACGUGGAGCAAACGCAACAGAUUGAUGAAGUGGAACGAUCACAAGAGGCGCAACAACAACAACAGUACGACCAUACACAGCUACAACUACAGCAAUACGAGGAGAGUGCUUGUCAACUCGAAGAUUAG